AUGCGGAGCUGGGUUUUGCGACUCUGCGCCUGCCAGGUGCUUGGACGACGAAGUUUCCUGGAGAGGUCGCAACUUCGGGAGGCCGUUGUGACCUGGGAAAGGAACGUGUCCGCGAGGACAGAGUUGACCAAUGAAUUUGGCAACAUCUCAGAAUGGGACAUCUCUGCCAUGUCCAACAUGAGUGGAGUCUUCGCUGGCCUGGAGAGCUUCAACGAGGAUUUGACGGCCUGGCAGACAUCGCAAGUGACCGAUAUGAGCUUUCUCUUCGCAGGUGCCUCUUCCUUCAACCGAUCUCUCAGCUCAUGGUCCACCUCGAAGGUGACCACAAUGCGAGCCAUGUUCUACAAUGCCACAGCAUACAAUCAGCCGCUGCGAUCAUGGGUGACCACAGCUGUGAUAGAUAUGUCCUACAUGUUCUACGGGGCCCAUCGCUUCAACCAGCCCUUGGACACAUGGAACACGCAGAGAGUCACGGACAUGAGUUACAUGUUUUGUGGUGCCAGCGCCUUCGACCAGCCCCUCUGCAUGUGGACGACUUCUGCGGUGCAGAACAUGAGUGGCAUGUUCGAAGAUGCCUGGGCUUACAACAACAACUACGAGCGGGGUCUCGGCUACAAAUUCCUCAGCGAAAAGAGCACAACGAAGGCUUUUGGAUGGGACACCAGCUCCGUAACGGACAUGAGCUCUAUGUUCAAGGGCGCUCGGUCUUUCAACCGGCCGAUCGGGCGUUGGGUUACAUCCGCUGUGACAUCCAUGCGGAGCAUGUUCAGCGGUGCUACUGCCUUCGACCACCUUCUCAUGCACUGGGAUGUGUCGCGGGUGACAGACAUGAGCUUCAUGUUCGAGGGGGCCAGCUCUUUCAAGCAGCCGCUGUUCUUGUGGAACACCUCAGCAGUUCAGAACAUGACAAGCAUGUUCCAAGAUGCCAAGUUCUUCAACCAUGCGCUCAGCUCCUGGAAUGUCAGUGCAGUUCGCGACAUGCGUGGGAUGUUUCGGCGGGCGCUCUCCUACAACCAGCCUUUGGAUUUGUGGGACACAGCGAAAGUUACAGACAUGACUGGCAUGUUCCAGGGCGCCAUGGCCUUCAACCAGCGGAUCGGUAACUGGGACACCUCGCGCGUCACGAGCAUGGGCAGUAUGUUUCUCGAUGCCUCGACAUUCAACCAAGCAAUCGGAUCCUGGUGCGUUUCGGCGGUGGUAGAUCUCAGCAGGAUGUUUUCCCGGGCAGCAUCCUUCAACCAGCGCCUGCCUUGGGACACGCGAGCGGUGAAGAACUUCUCCUCCAUGUUUGAGGAGGCCUGGACCUUCAACGAGCCGGUCGAGUCUUGGAACACCACGGCAGCGGUGGAUAUGCGAUCCAUGUUUUGCUUCGCGGAUCGCUUCAAUCAGCCGCUGUCUACCUGGAAUACAUCCUCCGUGACCGACAUGAGCUUUAUGUUUGCCGGAGCGCCGGCCUUUGACCAACCACUCUCUACCUGGGACACGGCAUCAGUCAAGAACAUGAGCGGCAUGUUCUUCCACGCCUGGUCCUUCAAUCAGCCUCUCGAGAGCUGGAACACGGCCUCCGUGACCGACAUGAGCAGAAUGUUUGCUUGCGCCGCCGACUUCAACCAGCCGAUUGGCUCCUGGCACACCUCUUCCGUGACGAAUAUCAGCGGCAUGUUUCAACGUGCCGGCCGCUUCAACCAGCCCCUCAGCUCCUGGAAUACCUCCGCGGUGCGUGACAUGACGGACAUCUUCUCUAAAGCCUUCUCCUUCGACCAAUCACUUAGUCCUUGGCAUGUGGCCCAGGCUGUUGGAGCCAAAACAGUCCUAAAAGAUGGAGGCUUUGGUUCUUGCCGUCGGCUUGGGAUGUUCAAGUCAUGGGAUCUCGACUUCAGCUACGAACACCUGCCGCACAUUGGCUGUGCAGGCUGCGGAGAUGGAGCACCCUGCCCGGACCAUGGCUUGGCAUGUCUACAGAAGAUGUGUGUGCCAAUGGUGCAAGGUUUUCUCGAGUUGGGCAGGGCAGAUUGGUCAUCCGAUGAACAGAUCUUUGCUGGCAAAGUUGGAUUCCGGGCCUGCGCGAAGCUUUGCCGCGACUCUCAACAGUGCACGGGCUUCCUCCUGCGCAGCGACGACGGAUGCUUGCAGUUGCGCGGGCAAAUGCCGAGAUACAUCCUCGAAGGAAAAGUUAUGGGAGACCUUGCCUAUUGGAAGCAGACCUGCUCUACCCUCUCUUGCCCUGCUUGUUGGGCUACUGGCGCGGAUGUACCCUACGGAACUGAGGUUAACGAGGCGACCUGCUGCGAGUGUGCCGAUGAUCACAUGGUCCAGGACUGGAUGUCCGCCCCGGUGCUCAAAUGCAUGCCGUGCCCAGCAGGGCAUCAGCCCCUCGAGAAUCGAAGCGGAUGCCGACUCUGCCGGGCUGGAUAUGUGGCUCCCCGUGGCUCCUCGCAGUGCAAGCCCUGCUUCCCCAACUUCGUGCCGAGCCAAACCCAGGAAUCUUGCGUGGCGUGCCCCAAGAACAUGUACGCUUUCGCUGAAGACGUGGUAUGCAGAUCUUGCAAGUUCCCCUAUGUUUUCUUGAACGGCGGCUGCAUUUGGUGGCACUGGCCUGUGAUCGUGGCGGGCCUGCUGGUGCUUCUGGGUUUGCUUCGGAAGACGGCCUCUUCGAUGAAGAAGCGCCGGUGGCGGAAAUUGCGAGAACGUCUGGGCAAAGUGGAAUCCAUCAUGAGGGGCCUAGAGUGGGAGCUAUGGGAUGAACAGCCGGACACGGUGGAUCGUUAUGUUACCAUCCUCGAGGCCUUGGACGUCAGCGCGGCGGAGGUGUUUGAGAAAAUGGCCAACAUCCGGGCAGCGCAGAGCCUGCGGAGCGGCGUGAGCUUGAGGUACCUCUUGUCCAGCGACUUUGCGCGCCUCGCGAGCGAUCGCACUGGAGAGCGGAAUCCCACCUUCAACCGCAUGAAGGAGACGUUUUGGCUCCAGGGCGAUCCGAUUGGCCAGAGCAUUAUUUGCCCACGCGACGGAAGACUGGGCUGUGCGCUGGUUGACUGGCUCCCGAGGGCAGAUCGCAGGGAGCAGACCCACUAUCUGUCAUGGACAUGGAUGUACACUUUGGAUAAGCUCCGCAGUGCUCUGGAGAUGUUCGCCAGCAGCUGCAUGGAAAGCCACCUGGUCUUCUUCUACAUGUGCUUCUUCGUGAACAAUCAAUUCCGCAUCAUCCGCGACGGCUCCGUAUCCGGAUCCCAGGACCUGGAACACACGUUCCGACAGAACCUCACUCGCACCGGCCACGUGGUGGCCGUCCUGGACACAUGGCACGAGCCCAUCUACCUUACAAGGAUCUGGACCGUCUACGAGCAGUUCGUCGCUUGCACGCUGCAAGUGCCCGUGACUUUUGUGAUGCCUCAGGCCUCGAUGGCCUCCUUGCAGCUGAAGAUUCUGCAGGGAGAAGUCGGUCUCAAGGAAGUCACGGACUCCGUUUGCAAUGUGAAUUCUGCCAUGGCGGAAGCCUGGGAUUCGCGCGACGAGGCGAAGGUGAAAGCAACGAUUCAGGACACUGUCGGCUUCGAAUAUGUCAACCGGCACGUCCGAAAGGCAAUGCUCCAGUGGAUCGGCACAGUCGUGCGCGAGCAGUUCCAAAAUCUGGUGGACCAAGCGCAGGAGCGCAGCCGGCAAGAACUCGGGGACCGAAGCCCCUUUACCGUGUAG